GCGGCGCACGGGGCAUGCUCAGUGGCGCGGCCGGCUGGGUGGCCCAGCAGCUGGACCCGGAUCUGCUCGGCGCUCGGCGCGGCGGCGACGUGAGCGCGCAGGGGGGCGGCGGCCUCGCCUCGUCUCUUUCUCUGCGCCUGGGUCGGGUGGGUGACGCGGAGCGCGAGAGAGAUGUCGGAUUUCGACAGUAACCCGUUUGCCGACCCGGACCUCAACAACCCCUUCAAGGACCCAUCUGUUACACAGGUGACAAGAAAUGUUCCACCAGGACUUGAUGAAUACAAUCCAUUCUCGGAUUCUAGAACACCUCCACCAGGCAAUGUGAAAAUGCCCAAUGUACCCAGUACACAACCAGCAAUAAUGAAACCAACAGAGGAACCUCCACCUUAUACACAGAUUGCAAAGGAACAUGCUUUGGCCCAAGCUGAACUUCUUAAGCGCCAGGAAGAACUAGAAAGAAAAGCUGCAGAAUUAGACCGCCGAGAACGAGAAAUGCAAAACCUCAGUCAACAUGGCAGAAAAAAUAAUUGGCCACCUCUUCCUGGCAAUUUUCCUGUGGGACCUUGCUUCUAUCAGGAUUUUUCUGUAGACAUUCCUGUAGAAUUCCAGAAGACAGUAAAGAUUAUGUACUACUUGUGGAUGUUCCAUACGGUAACACUGUUUCUAAAUAUCUUCGGAUGCUUGGCUUGGUUUUGUGUUGAUGCUACAAGAGGGGUUGAUUUUGGAUUGAGUAUCCUGUGGUUCUUGCUUUUUACUCCUUGUUCAUUUGUCUGUUGGUACAGACCACUUUACGGAGCUUUCAGGAGUGACAGUUCAUUCCGAUUCUUUGUAUUCUUCUUCGUCUAUAUUUGUCAGUUUGCCGUACAUGUACUACAGGCUGCAGGAUUUCACAACUGGGGCAACUGUGGUUGGAUUUCAUCCCUUACUGGUCUCAACAAAAGUAUUCCUGUUGGAAUCAUGAUGAUAAUCAUAGCAGCACUUUUCACAGCAUCAGCAGUCAUCUCACUAGUUAUGUUCAAAAAGGUACAUGGACUGUAUCGCACAACAGGUGCUAGUUUUGAGAAGGCCCAACAAGAAUUCGCAUCAGGUGUGAUGUCCAACAAAACUGUCCAGACCGCAGCUGCAAACGCAGCUUCGACUGCAGCAACUAGUGCAGCUCAGAAUGCUUUCAAGGGUAACCAAAUUUAGAGAAUCUGCAAACAAUACACUGUUACCUUUUGACUGUACUUUUUCUCCACUUACUGUAUUCUAUAAAUAUUUUUAUGUUCAGUACACACAGCAUGUAUAUCUCCUAUUUACUUGUUGCAUGGGCAAAAACCAGAAAAACUUCCUUGUCUUAUUAUUUACCUAACAGUUUCUUAAGAUUUUAGUGCCCCUUGCAGAAAAAAAUAUUACAUGCUAAAUAAAUAUUCUCCAUAUUUUGGGGGUGAUGAAUGUUCAGCAAAUUAUUUCAGUGACAAGACACUAAAAUUAAUAUGGUACUUAUGAUUAAAAAUGCACUUAGUAAUAGCUGCAGUCAUUCUUUCAAGAAUCUUAGACUUAAGGAUUACACAUUGGAGCAGUAAAUAGAUGCUUCAUUUCUUUUUUCUUAUUUAUAUUGCAAGAAAUAGACCAACAGAGACUUGUGGAUUUUUAGAUUGACUUGCUUUUUUUUAGCAGUUUGUCACCAGUGAAGAGCCUAUGUGCAUUUCGUAGUAGAUAAUGUAAAUUUUAUCUUUUUAUUUUCUUUUUUUAGAGUAGCUGAUAUUUUGAUAUCAUUCUAUGAUCUUGCAUGGGCACCAGGUUUUUUAAGAUAAUUAGUAUUUUGGGUUCUGCACUGCUUAUGGUUGUACAAUUGGGGAGUCAUUUGUAAAAUUUUAAAAGUGAUUUUCUGUAAUAGUUUCUUUUAAAUAAAAGUUUAUUGGGGUGCAAUAUGAGAAUAUAAUAUGUAGUGCAUUAUCCAAAAGAAAAGGCAGAAAAUUGAUGGAAUAGAAUGUACUGAUGAGAAUACCUUUUUUUUUUUUGAAUUUUCAGUAUUCAUAUCAUAGUAAAAUAUUACCGUAUGAAACUUUGGUAUAUUCUGUGGCUACUCUUUUUAAUUGAACUGAGAUUAUGUUUGGCAGCUCUUUUUGUGUGUGUGUGUAAUUUUUAACAGAGGUAUUAAAGUCUAGUCUUAACUCCUUGUCCAUAAAGAACGUACGGUAUUUAAGGGAUUUUUUUUAGUAUCUCAUCUUUAGUGGCAUUAAAUAUUAAAAGACGCUGGCAUUUUACAUAUAAUUGAAUUUCUAAUACAUAUCAGUCUUUCAAAUUUUGAGACAGACUGAAUAUAUUAAAAUUUUUCAGUAAUAGAAAAAAGAAAACAUUUAAUUUGCACCAAGCAAGAAAAUAUACAGUUGAAUGCAUUAAUUAUGAAUAUAAUCACUUUAAAAUUAUUACUAUGCAGCACAGGAAUUCAUUCUUAUAGUAUAUUUGGGUUGAAAGUUUGAAUCAUCUUUAAUACUGAUUAAGAGACUCAAUACAUUUGUAAAGUCAUGAUAUUGUGUUUUACAAGUAAUUAGCUAAUUUAAGAUUACAGAAUAGUGAUUUAUUCAACUUGAUUUUAAGUAAGGAUCAUUUAUUGGAUUAUAUUAUUUGAUAUUGCACAUCCCUUAAAAAAAUCAGAUGGGCACAAAUGGUUAAAUCAUUUUCAUUUUCUCCCCAAAUCUGAAGUUAAAAUGAAGUCCAUGCUGGGGCUGGAUGGUGAGUUCUUACUAUUUAUGAAAGAAGCUUGGCAUGAUAGUGCUACUAGGUGACAUAGAUCCAUCCCAGUGGUGUUUACAGAUUUAUUUGGGACUUUAUUGAAGUAAUAUACUUGGAAUGUAUUUCUUUUAUUUUAAUGAAAAUAGGCUUUAGAGUAUGAAUUUAAAGCUGUUUGUGAAUAUUUCUGAUCAGCGAUAAUCUCCACCUACUUUCUCAACCAAAUAAGCCAGUCAAGUUUUUCAGAAUCCAUAGUCUUAUUGAAAAUUUGUUUCAUCAGUGUGCUCUGAGUGUGGAUUUUACAUAUAUUGAAAAUGUUCACCACAAAAUACAACAAGAACACCAUGUCCAUAUCUCAAGCCCAUUUUUUAUUUUUCUUUAAAGUGCAAAUGAAAGCUACAUCAUAGAGACUUUUGAAAAAUGCUGAGAUACUUUCCUUCAAGAACAGGAAUACCUUUAUCCUGUAGAACUCCCCAUUGUUAAAUAGCAAAGAAUAAUUACAACCAACAGUAUCUUUUUGUGUAGAUGGGGAAAAUGUUGUUAUAAAUUCAGUUAUCUGGGUUAAUACAAGCUUAUGAGAGAAUUGUUUCUUAAGAACAUAAAUGUGCAUUAAAAUGAGGGCAAUGCUUACAGAUUGAUAAGGUGUAGGGAUUUUAAAUUCUUAUAUUUUCUAUUAACAAAAUCAGUAAAUAGUCACAUUUUCACCCAGCAAAAGAUUGGCAUUUGUUAGUGUUUUAUGCUUCAUAUUAACAUUACCCAUUAUCAGAAUCAUGAAAUGGUUUUUUACAGUGUAAGCACCCAUGUCAUUUUUUAGUCUGCAAUAUUAAGUGGUGGCUGUUUUUAUUUAAAACUGAAGUUGGAACACUGGAAAAUCCUUCCUCAGUGACUUGUAAUUUGGGACUUGGAUUAUUUAUGUAGGGAUGUUUGUAUAUUUUGUCAGUGAGUAAUACUGCGCUGCCAUCAUGGUGACUGUCAUGGUUCUAUAUAAAUGCCCUCCAUCUGUCCCUCUAAUGUUGCAUGUCUCCGGUGGUUUGGAAGUUUUGUAUAUUUAUUGUAUUAACACAGAGUGUUCUAAAAUAAAAUGCUGUUUAAUGGA